UGCUUUAAGUCUGCACGAAACUGCUCUUUCAAAAAGCUCCGACCUUUCCUUUCCUUUCCCUUCCUUUCUUGUUGCUCCAUUUCUAUCUCCCAAACCCUAACAACCUUCUUCCAGUCGCAGCUCCUCCCGUUGCUCUUCGCCAUGGCGUUCUCCUCGUCGCUGGUGGCGGCGAUCGGCGCCUACACGACCCUAGCGCCCGCCGCCUUCUUCACCAUCCUCGCCCUCAUGGCAUGCGUCUACCACCUCGUCUCCGCCUUCUUCGUCUACCCCGACGAUGAAGCUGCCGUCAAGAGGUCACUCGCGCCGCCGAUUCCAUCGACGGAGGAAGUGCUCGUGCCGCCGCCUGAGCCUGUUCAGCUGGGGGACAUCUCGCUGGAGGAGCUAAGGACUUACGACGGAUCCGACCCCAAGAAGCCCCUGCUGAUGGCGAUCAAGGGCGUGGUCUACGACGUCUCGAUCGGGAGGAUGCUUUAUGGCCCUGGUGGACCUUAUGCUUUCUUUGCAGGAAGGGAAACUAGCCGAGCCUUGGCUCUUAUGUCAUUUGACCUAGGUGAUCUUAAUAGCGACUUGGACGAUCUGGGUGAGGCCGAGCUAGAAGUCCUACAGGACUGGGAGGAGAAAUUCAAGGAGAAGUAUAUAAAGGUUGGAAAAAUUGUUCUUGAAAGAUCUAAAGGUGGAGAUGAAAUGGAAAGCACCCAAGAAACCAAAGGAGGAUCAUAAAUCAGGAGAGAACUUGAGAGUGGAAUGCAUUACGCGGAGAAUCUACAGGCAACCUUGAUGUAACUUGAUUGCACAAUCGACUGACUCUGCUUAACAGUGAGCUUGAGAAUCACGAGUUAUGAGAAUGGCGUUUGAUUACGUUUCUUUCCUCUACUUCUUCCGUAGAUUUAUAUAUUUGAUAUUGAAUAAUUACUACUCACGACCUCAAAUUAUUUCAUUUCUGGUGUGAAAUUUGUAUUUUAUCAAUAGUUGACUUGCUUCACCCCAUUGUUGAUAUACCCUAGGAAAAGUUGUACACAUGCCAUCUGUGGUGUUUUUGUUGUUUUGAUAAAUUCAGAUGUUCAAGUUUCGUCUGACUAAUCUUUGAGGUGGA